GUCUUUUCUUUUUUUUUUUUGUUUCCUCUCGUCACAGAAAAAAAAAAAAAGAAAAAAGAAAAAAACAAUGGCGGAUCAGCUCACUGACGAUCAGAUCUCCGAGUUCAAGGAAGCCUUCAGCUUAUUCGACAAGGAUGGUGAUGGUUGCAUUACCACAAAGGAGCUCGGCACUGUGAUGCGUUCCCUCGGUCAAAACCCGACCGAAGCUGAGCUUCAGGACAUGAUCAACGAAGUUGAUGCUGAUGGUAACGGCACCAUCGAUUUCCCUGAGUUCUUGAACCUAAUGGCUAGGAAAAUGAAGGACACUGACUCUGAGGAAGAACUCAAGGAAGCAUUCAGAGUCUUUGACAAAGAUCAGAACGGUUUCAUCUCAGCUGCUGAGUUGAGACAUGUCAUGACUAACCUCGGCGAGAAGCUAACUGAUGAAGAAGUCGAUGAGAUGAUUAAGGAAGCUGAUGUUGAUGGUGAUGGUCAGAUCAACUACGAGGAGUUCGUUAAGGUUAUGAUGGCCAAGUGAGGAUGAUACAACUUCAGCCUUCUCCCUUUUUUACUACCUCUUUAUGUAAUUCUUAAGAAUGUUUCCUUCUCGAUUGUUCUAAAUUUCAUUCAUGGCUGGUUUUUUGGUGGUUAAAAAGACAGGAAUGUUAUUAUCCCUUAUGUGUUUUCUCUUUUUUGUCUGAACGGCUCAUUUACUUUAACUGUUGUUCUAUGUUGUUA